AUGCCAGGUUAUGCUAAAUUCAUGAAGGACUUGGUCACUAAGAAGAGGAAUGUUACUUUUGAGACCAUCAAGGUCACCUACCAAUAUAGUGCAAUCAUCUCACAAAUCGGGGUUAAGAAGAUGGAAGACCCCGGGGCUUUCACUAUUCCUUGUGCUAUUGGGUUGACAAGCUUCGUAAAAGCUUUGUGUGAUUUGGUGGCAAGUAUCAACUUGAUGCCUUAUGUCGUUUACAAAAAGUUGGGUUUGGGUAAACCAAAGCCUACAUCAAUGAAAUUAUUUAUGGCAGAUCGUACUUUGAAGAGAUCACUUGUGGAUGCAAAAAUUCCAAUCAUUCUUGGUAGGCCUUUCUUGGCUGUCGGAAGGGCCAUAUGUGAUGUUGAAGCUGAAGAGCUCAAAUUACGGUUGAUUUAUGAAGAAGUGGUGUUCCACAUCCAAAAAUCAAUGAAGCAUCCACAUGACUAUGGAGUGAUAUCCGUGAUUGAUAUGGUCAAUGAAGUGGUAGAUGAGGAUAUGCAAGAAAUUUGUAUGGAUGAAGCUUUCAUGAGGUUAUACUCAGUUCGGAGAAUGAAGCAAUGGAUGGUUACAUUGAAGCCGUGA